CCUCCAUGAAGGAAACGCACGGAUCCUAUUGGCCGCGGUUCAUAUUUUAAACAACAAUUUUCGGCAACGGGUACCGAAUAGAGCAUGCGAAGUGUAUAUUUCAUGGAGACUAUACAAGGAACACGAACUUCAUGUGUACAAAUCGUUUCCCAAAAUGAGAGGGCCUAGUAUAAGUGCCGAAACGAGUCGGCGGGGAGCGGAGUAUAAGGCGGCAGUGAAAACUUACUACGAAUCACAUUGCAAGAUCAUCGAUUAGUCGAACUUGGGCAUCCCGGCAACCAAUUACACUCUGGUGCCAAAGAAACCUAAUGUGUAUGAUUACUGUUAACAAGUUUUUUCAAUUCACGCAUUUCAGUUCUCACUCCUUGUAUAGUCUCAUGUGUAUAUUUUAUAAACACGUCUGACAUAAGGUACACGAGUAUCUUCGCCGGAAAAGUUAUAACUGAACGAAAGCUGUGAUGGAGCAAGUGCAAUGGUCAACGCCAAAUAAAAGUGAUAUAAAUCGACACGUAUCGCCAAUAGAAAGUCCCCGUAGUCUCAGGACUCCUGUAAAACAAUAUGAGUCUAAACAUAAACAAACUGCAUAUCAGAAUAGCACUGGUGGUUUUACUGUUUUGCCAAAUCACAUUACUCCACCGUCUGGGAUCACAAAGUUCAUAGCAAAGAACCCGUUCGAAGCAAACCUCACUAAUAGGCUACAUUUAUCUGUGAUUAGUCCCACCGUGUUUACUCAGGUUUCUAGUCCGGGACAAGACUCGCCCAACUUCAUGUGGAGCGUUGAAGAACUGGCUCUUAUUAAACCAGCUCGGAUAGAAGAAUCUCCUGUUCAACAAUUCCAUUGUUCAGAUCCUGAGAUUGAGAUUAAAGCGCAGGCUGCUAUUGAUAAAUUUUUUCGUGAAAACAAAAUAUUCCCAAGUCCAUGGGAUUCCAAGCGGAAAGACUUGAAAAAAAUUGAAAUUUCGACACCCACGAGGCCUCAAGAAGACUUGAACAGCACAAGAGAUUCUCAUAAAGCAAAAAAAGAUAUUCAUUUACUUACAGGCUGGACACAAACUCUACUUUCUUUACCUCCUGAUUUACCCAAGGAUUUAGAGGAAGCUCUGAAGCCAUACUUCACAUUUACACAGGAGCAACAGCAAGUCGAAAAUGAUGAGGCUAAUUUGAGCAAUAGUUCUCUACGCAGAAAGUUGUUUUUCAAUCACGAUGAUAAUCUUGAAGAUGAUCAGUAUAGUUUGAUGUCACUUUCACCUGUACAAUCCCACGGUUUAAUGAAAUUAGGUGUUACUUGUAGCCCCACUCAAAGUGGCAUGCUCUUAGAAGGAUUACCUCUGAAGAGAAGUUCACGAAAACUUGAGCGUGAUCACGGUACACCAAUAGCUAGCGCCAGUAAUUUAUCACCUCCGAGUAUCUCUCCAAUUGGUAACAAUAAUAGUAACAUCUCAUGUCAAAGUAUCAGAUCUCGAGUAUCUCGUUCUGUGGCUAGGCUAGAUUUUACGACUGACAUGAGCAUCGAGGCUUCUGUGACUGAAGAGAAAAAGACUGACAAAGAUGACGAGCGUAAUGAUUCAAUGUUUAGUUAUCGGUCAACUUUAGGUACUUCUAUGCUGUGCACCAAAUUGUGUAGCUCUACUGAAGACAUAGAUAAAUUUGUAGAACCGCAGAAAUUGAAAAAUCAGACAAAACCGAAUGAAACUAUCGAGAUGAUACUAUUAGGGAAUGAGACAACACAAGUUGAAUAUGAAGAUCAAAUUACGGAAGAUUCCUCUCUCACUCAUCGUCAGCAAAAGGAAACUGUGAAUCGUUUAAAGUUAGCUGCGGAUUGGUGCAAAUUGCAUUCCAACGAGAGUUAUGCGUAUCAGAACAACACAUUUGCAGGAAUUUCAGGGCAGCAAAGUACUUUUAAUUUUGCUCAAGAUACUGGCUAUCAAACUCAAAGUAUGAAUAGUACCAGUAUGCACGAAAAUGCCAAUGCUUCUCCAACUAAAAGCAACAUCCGAUGGGACGAAAGAAUUUUGACACAUGAUGACGAAAUGCACAUGUCCGAUUGGAAAAGAAACAUACAAAACAUAUACAGUUCAACUCCGUCAAAGGAUCAAAGCAGAGACAAUUGAAUUUAUAGAUAUAUGUGAGGUUCUACACGAAGUAUUGAAUGUAAUGUGCAUAGUUUUAUUUUGCAUGGCAUUUAUUGAUGUAUAUGUGAAACAGGCAUUUCGGCAACAAUAAGAUAACAAAGUUUGGCGAUUAGGACCUGCAUAUUCGCCAUAUGAUAUAAAUUUUCAAAUACCGGUAAUUAGUAUAGAAGUUCAUUAUGUGUUUGUAAAAAAAAUUCGAUUAUUGAUUUGUGUAAAUGUUUAUAAAUUGUGAAAUCAUAUGACUGCCAUAUUAGUUGGUUAAGUUUCAUACUAUUUAGAAUAGUAAGGCUACUCUAGUAUUAUUCAUCUAAUUGACCAGUAUUUCCUGCCACAAAAUUAAGUUAGGUAUAAUUGUAAUCAAAAUGUUUUACACAUUUUGUAGAAUUCUUGAAGUGGAUACUUUCUACUCCAAAAUGAUGAACUUCGACUGCAAUACAAUUGAAGUUUCAAUUUCUUUCAGUUUCUUUACCCUAAAUAGGGACUCCAUGCCAAGUAACAUUAUAUGUGAAAUUGAGCUACAGAAAUUUGAUUUUAUAUAAUAGUGCCAAAA